UUCAGUUUUACUUCCUCCUCUCUCCCCGCAGCGCCGCACGCUCGGCAGGGAGCCUCACCCUCGUCGGUUCUGGGACCCAGGCAGGGGGUGGCGCCAGCCCGGGUCGUGCCGUGGUCGCCGCAGGUUUGCACGCGCCCGCUGCCUGCUUCCCACCCGCUCGCCUGCGCCGCUGACUUGUGAGUCUGAGCCUAGGACCCCGUCGGUGCGGCUUGGCCUCUGGACCCUAGAGGUGAGAGGGAAAGCGAAAGCGCCAGGCUCCGCGGAGGCGCCGCCCGUGCAGCUCCGGGCUAAGUUUCGAUUCUCGCCGAGCGCUCUGCGCGCGCCAUGGCGGACCCGACGGUGUGCUGCUUCAUCACCAAGAUCCUGUGCGCCCACGGCGGCCGCCUCAGCCUGGACGCGCUGCUUGAAAAGAUCCAGCUCUCCGAGGCGCAGCUCCUGGAGGUGCUCAAGGAGGCCGGGCCCGACCGCUUCGUGGUGCUGGAGACCGGGGGCAGGGCCGGCGUCACCCGCUCGGUGGUGGCCACCACUCGAGCCCGCGUCUGCCGUCGCAAGUUCUGCGACAGACCCUGCGAGAACCUGCACCUAUGCAAGCUCAACCUGCUGGGCCGGUGCCACUAUUCGCAGUCGGAGCGGAACUUAUGCAAAUAUUCUCAUGAGGUUCUCUCAGAACCCAAUUUCCGAGUCCUCAAAAAUCACGAACUCUCUGGACUAAACCAAGAGCAACUAGCGGUGCUGCUCGUCCAAAGUGACCCAUUUUUUAUGCCUGAGAUAUGCAAAAGUUAUAAAGGAGAGGGUCGAAAACAGAUCUGUAACCAGCAACCGCCCUGUGAAAGACUCCAUAUUUGUGAACACUUCACGCGGGGGAACUGUAGCUACCCCAACUGCCUCCGAUCCCAUAACCUGAUGGACAGAAAGGUGCUGGCCAUCAUGAGGGAUCAUGGGCUGAGCCCAGAUGUGGUCCAGAACAUUCAAGACAUCUGCAACAGCAAGCACAUGCGGAGGAAUCCUUCUGUGCCCAAACUUCCUGGACGUAGAAAUAUUCCAGGUAGAGGAAGAAGCAAGAGUAGAGACCGAGCCUCUCAGGACGUCAAGGAGUUCCUGCCUUCCCCCUCAGCUCACAAGCCAAGUGAUCACAAUUCUGAUGGCACCAGCAGCAGAGCUACCCUGGGGGACAGGCUUGCUGAUGACAUCACCCACAAGUUGACGUUUAUAGAGAAUGAGGAUCCUGCCCAGCUGUCCUCAGUCUCUUCUAAGGCUGCUGAUCUUGGAGGACCAGGUCAAGUGGGAGCAAACCAGAGGUUCUCGGAGAAUGGCCUUCCAGAUAGCCUCUUCUAUAGCAAUCGAAGCAAUCCUACCUCUAAUUCCACACCAGUCUCUAACCAGAAGGGCUCCCCAUCCUGGCUGAACGCUCAAGCAACUAGGAAGGAAAGUGUGUUCUUUCCAAGUCCAGGUGUCCCUGCUUCUCUUCCUGAUAUUACACAAACGCCCAAAGCCUUAACCUCCAGGAUGCCGAUGGGAAUGCUUUCAUCAGACCAUGUAGACAUCAAGGCCAAGAGUGGGACUCCAGACACCCAGCAAGUCCCUCUUUUCAAUAAUAAUCUUGGAUUGGGCAUGAACAUGAAUUUUGGAACAACAUCCAAUGGCCAGAGAGAAACAGCAUUACUGAGUUACCAGGACAGCAGAACUACUCUGGAUCACAAGAUUGGCAACAUUACCAAUGAUGACCCUGGAGUAGCAUUUCUGAAUGAUUCCGGAUCUGAUGUUACAAGUACCACAUCUAGGAUGGGCUGUCAUGGCGCACAGGACAUUUGUAUAGAUUAUCUGCGGAACUGCUGUCAGUUUAACAGCAGCUGCAGCAAAAUUCACUUCCACCUGCCUUACCAGUGGCAGCUGUUGAUGACACACACUUGGGUGGACUUCCAGGACAUGGAGAAGAUCGAGAAGGCCUACUGUGACCCCCGGAACGUCAUAAUUUCGGUAGGAAAUCAUACACUCGAUUUCCAGAAAAUGACUUGUGGUCUUAGGCCCAUUCGACGCAUCUCUACUCCUUCAUCGGGCCUGAACUUGGCCAAUUCUGUCUUCGCCACCAAGUGGAUUUGGUAUUGGAAAAAUGAACUCGGCAACUGGAUUCAGUAUGGGGAAAGGAGUAACAACCAGCCAGGUUCCGAUGUCGACUCUUCAUACCUGGAGUCUUUCUUUCAGAGCUGUCCAAGGGGAGUUGUACCAUUUCAGGCGGGUGUCCGGAACUACGAGCUGAGUUUCCAAGGGAUGAUUCAGACAAACAUAGUUUCCAAGACUCAGAAGGAUGUUGUCCGAAGGCCAACAUUUGUUUCGUCGCUGGAUGUGGAGCAGAUGAGAAGGAGGCCAGAUCCUCCGAGGGUGCAGUUCUCUGCUUCCAGUCGUCAGCCUGCGCAGACCCCGCCAGAGGCUGUCCUCUCAACCUUUGUUCCUCAAAGGGAUGUCGGCUCUCUCCCUUUGAAUGGAUACAAGUUAAUAGAUCUCAGUAAUGAUUCUAUGGAAUACACCAUGAUAAGGGAUUGUUUCAAAGAGUCUAUGAAAAAUUUCAAGAUCGAAAAGAUAAAGAAGAUCCAUAAUCCAGAGCUCUUGAAUUCUUUUGAAAGAAGGCGACUGCUGAUGACAGAGAAAAAGGAAAGACUCUUGUUUUAUGCAACAAGCAGCACUCAUGUGGAUUCCAUCUGUGCAAAUAAUUUCGUGUGGACCUAUGAUGGAGCUCAAACAAAGAAAUAUGGACAAGGAAACCACUUCUCAAAGGAAGCCAUCUAUUCUCACAAAAAUUGCCUAUACGAUGCCAGAAACAUCGUUAUGUUCGUAGCUCGAGUCCUGGCAGGAGAUUUUAUUGAGGGAAACAUGAUAUACAAGAGCCCUCCGCCACCGUACAACAGCUGUGUGGAUACAAUGCUGAAUCCCUCUGUUUUUGUCAUCUUCCAGAAAGAUCAGAUUUACCCAGCAUACUUGAUUGAAUAUACUGAAACAGACAAAGAGAAAAGCUGUGUGAUUAGCUAGAGAUGAUAAGGGCAGCAUUAUCCGGGAUGCCAUACCCAUUCUCCUUGCAGAGAGGACCAAAUUGCUCUAGAUAAUGGUUAGACUUUUCUAUUUUUCACUGUUACUUAGUGUCUUACAUUAAUGAUUCCCUAACUUUGCUGUACAAAAAUUCCAAUGCCCUGGUUUGUACACUUACCAGUGAAAUCACUCCGUGGGGUAAAAGCCAGGUGGUAGUAUUUUUUAAAAGCUCUCUUAAUAACUUCAAUGUGUUGAAAAGUUUGCACUGUCUUAGCUGUAGUUGGUAGAGGUUAGUUUCUAAAUUUCCUAUACUCAAUCAUUUUAUCUUAUUUACUCUUUUUUUUUUAGUUUACUGGGUAACAUGGUUUUGUUUUGGUUCAAGUGAACCAACAAAAUCAGUUUGGAAAGUUUGAAAGGAAGCUGAUGCUGCCUGUGAAAUAAGGACAAAAGAUGGUACGGCUUUGGGUGGAAGACUGUAAAAGCUGGGAAAAAUGUGUAGGGAUAUGCUAAGAAGAAAAGUAAGAAGGACAGAUGUAAAUGCUGUUGCAGACAUAACAGCAGUGCUGUAUCUUAUCACGUGAUGAAAUGGAUUUGGGAGCCCAUCUCUGUUUCUACAUUUGUUUACGUUUGUUUACGAGACAGACCCCAAAAGAUUGGCUCUUUUUGGAAUGCAGUCCUAAGCCACCAAGUAUGACUCAGGAAGGCCACCAACUGGAGUUAAUUCUGCAUUUGGGUUCUUUGUGUGAUUAUGGCAAAGUAGACAUUUAUAUUCUAAUUAACCUAAUUACCAAGAAAGCUUUUUUUUCCCCCCCUCCAGGGCAGGCUUUCAGGAAAGUGUCUAUAUUUUAGGAGAAAUGAGUUGUAGUAGCCAGAGUUAUAUAAGCAUACAUUCAAGUGCUUUGUGGUCGUUUGCAUGGUAGAUGAGGCUCAGGGCCCUCCCUGCAGGAGGAUGAGCCUCCGACAGAGCUGCGAUUUGCUCUCUGGUAAGCACAGAAUUACAACACAGGGAAUAAUGUCCCAAACAGGCCUAAUGCCUGCUGGGACUCAUUUGUGUAAAUAUAGCGGAUUAUGUGGGGAUUGUCAUAGUUUUUAGAGCUACUAAAGUGCAUAAACCAAUAUUUCCUUCCAUAUUGUGAAUUAGGUUUUUCCUUCCAAUUUUCCUUUUUCAACAUUCCAUACCCAUUGCCAAAAUUUCCUACUAGAGUCCCUCCUAGCAGAUAUGUUACAAAUAAUUAAUUGGCAGAGUAGAUUUUUAUAUUCAGAUUUUAGAUAGUACAAAAAGGUUCAUAGUUCUCUAUCAGUAACAAAUGUCGACUUUUUUAGAGUAUGGUUAUUUUCUGGGAGCUUGCCACCAAUGAUUCUUCUUACUCAUUUAUUUUUUCUCACAGUGGUUUCCAUCUUGACUUUGAUCCUUGUACUGUAGAGGUAUAGUGUAUGCAGCUCUUUCCAGCUGCCCAGGAAACACCUCUAGGUGGAUAUUUCACGGGCACCUGUGGUCCAAAAUGGAAAUCUCUGUCUGUCUUCCUCAGAGGAAUCCAUUCCUACCCUGAGUAAAAACAAUCAUCGGAUCCAUUCUGCUCAAGCAGAACUGCAGUCACCCUUGCUCCUCACCUCACCUCCUCAUCUAUGUUGAAGUCGUUCCCAAGUCUAGUUUUACCUCUUACACAUCUCUUUGUCCUCUUAUAACGUUUUCUACUGAAUGCAAUUUAAAAUUUUACUUAAUGGGACUGCAAAUCCAACCUGGAUCGCAUCUUUUGGAUAAAGUUCAAAACCAUGAUCCCAGCCCCGAAAAGAUCUUUCCCUUCCUAUUCCUCUGUCAUUUAUUUUCUUUUGUAUAAUGCACUCGGCUUCCUGGCAGUUGCUCCCCUUCUUAUGUUGUUCAGUGGUUCUCAGUGAGCACAUCUGCCUUUUGUUUUUUAAUAACAAAAACUUUGCAAGUAUGCUUUAUUAUCCUCAAAAUGCAAUUAAAAAGUAAUAUAUUAUACCUAUACAUGAUUCUAGAAGUAAAUUAAAAAUUAAAACUAACAAAAGAAAUAAAAGGUACAUAUCUUGGGUACAAUACUACAGUACUAUAAGACAUGAAGAAGUCCGAUGUUUACGUAUAUUUAUAAUGAAUGUAAACUUGAAAGCAGAUCAGAAUCUAUUUACAGAGAAGCAUGGAAAAAUGAAGCAGGGAAAUGAGUGGACAUGAGACUGUAGACUAAUGAUACAACAACUGUGGACUAUAGUGACUUACUUACAUAUGAUAAUACUUAUGUGUGUACAGGAGAAAGGACGAAAUGACCUUCAUUGAUACACAGUACUAUAUAAGAAAAUGUCGACAAAAAAUGAGGACAUACAUUUUUGCAGUCGAGCUUUGUGUCUUACAUGAAUGUCAGGUGAGACAUUCAAGAUUCGUAUAGGGCGCAGAAUAAUUUCUUAUUGUGAGAAGCUAUCCAAUGUAUUGCAAAGCGUUCAGUGUACCUGGCUCUCAUAUGCUAAAUGUUAGUACUGCCCCUUCACCCAAUCACAGCUACCACAAACCCUAUCAGGCCUAAUCAUCCUUUUCAGAGCAGAUGUUCUGUACUAUCAUCCCCUUUGUGCCCUGAGAUGAUUCAUAGAUAAUAUCUUACAUAAAGGGAUUUCUUUAAAAAUUAAUUGACUGCUGUAGUCCUAUUGUAAUGGAGACAAGUUGUAAUGAAAAUAAGAUGAAUUUUCUUAUGUAAAUGCUGAGGCAUAACUACGUUAUAAACCAUGACACAGACAAACGUGUACCCUUACAAUGAAUAGUUUCGGGCAUAAGACUCAAUCAGGAGCUAUUGCCUAUAGCACAGGACAAUGAACUAUAAGAGGCAUGGUAACACAAUGAAAACGGUUAAGUCAUAACAGCCCACAUGCUUUAUCUGUCUAUGAUAAAGGAAUGGGCGAAAUCACCUUAACUGAAAUAAACAUAGUAGGGCGAAUUACAAAUCAUCUCAGAAGAAACAAAUGCAUUGACUAUAUUCUUUCUGACGAGUUGUAAGUCCUACCUAAAUGUCCAGCAGGACAUUAGACAGUCGUACAAGGUGCAGAAUAAUUCUUCGUUGUGUGGAACUAAUCCACAUGCUGUAGGACAUCUGUGAUCUCUGGCUGCAUCUAUUCGGUGACAGUAUAGUUCUCAGUUCUCAUGAAACCAGCCAUGACCCGUCACUUUCCAAUAUACCACUGUGAGAACCACUGACAUAGUUCAUGUCUAGCAUCCUUAGAUGAACCCAACUGUUACUUCUGUAGCUGAGAUCCUUGCCUCCAAAAUUCCUAGUUUUUAAAAUGCUUUGUGCCUUGAUGUGUUCAUUUUUAGGAUCUAUACAAUUUGAAAUGGUUUCCUUUCUGUAUUGGAAUGUAAGCUCCUGCACCAAAUUGUUCUAUUUUAUUUCUGUUAUACCCAGCACCCAGGCUAGCCAUGUUCUUCCUAUGCUCGUGCCUUGCAAAAGCCUGUGGAAUUAGUAACAUCAACUAUUUAUGUUUUAGUAAUCAAGUUGUACUACUUCCUGAUUUGCUUGAGAAUAACAAAUAAAAAGAAAAAAAAUUC